CUUGCUAACGUUAAUCUCUCUCUCUCCCUCUCUCUCUGCAUAUAUAUACAUAAGAGAGGGGGAGGGAAUUUUUGUUUGGCACUCUGGAGCCUCGUUUGUCUUGAACUUCAAGAAACCUUUGUUCAUCGAGCGAGCGAGCGAGCGAGCGAGAGAGAGAGAUGGAUUUCGAGUUGAGGGCGGCGAGGGAGAAGCUGGAGAGAGAGCAGAGGCAGAGGAAGGAGAAGGCUAGGUUGAAACUCGAGCGCGAGCGGAGGGCCAAGGCCGAGGCCGCCCGACAGCGCGACGCCCUCGAGGCCGCCCAGAGGGCCCGCAGGAUCGAAGCCGCCCAAGCACAGAUCGUGGCAAAUCAACAAAUGGAGGAGAACUUACGUGCUGGGAAUGGAGUUAUUUUCUACCGUAUUUUUGAAGCUGCCCCUUACCAAGGCUAUGGUGAUAAGAUUAAGCUACCACCAUCAUGCUUCUCAGAAUUGUCAGAUCAAGGUGCUCUGGAUAAAGGACCAAUGUUCUUCCAGCUUUUGAAGAUCUACCAAGGGAAUUCAGAAGCUUUAAGUUCAGCGGACACCAAACACGAAGACAACAGAACUACUCACUGUGGGGUUCUUGAGUUUACUGCUGCAGAAGGUUCAGUUGAGCUUCCUCCUCAUAUUUGGACCAAUUUGUUCCCGAUUCCAGUUGACAACACCCCUUUAAUUGAGGUUCGUUAUGUGAGGUUACCGAAAGGAACAUAUGCAAAACUACAACCUGAUACCAUAGGAUUCUCUGAUAUACCCAACCACAAGGCUGUUCUUGAGACAAGUCUUCGUCAACAUGCAACCCUUUCUCAAGGAGACAUACUUACAGUUAACCACGGAGGGUUAAGUUAUAAGUUGAAAGUCCUUGAACUUAAGCCCUCUUCUAGUGUUUCGGUGUUAGAAACAGAUGUAGAAGUCGACAUAGUUGAACCUUCUUCAACAUCAGAAUCGGUGGAUCAACCCCUGUUGAAUGCACUUGUGCUAGGCAAGGUGGAGUCAGGAACCGUGGAGGAAGGAAGAUACGAGUACUACAAAUUCUCCAUUGGUGAUAAUGUUAUUUCAAAAUUAUCCAAUGAGAACGUCGUUGUUGAGGUUAAAUUAGAUGUUGAGAUCAACAGCGGGGACACGGAUCUUUAUGUAUCUAGGCAUCCUGUUCUCUUCCCAUCCAAGCAUCAGCACGAAUGGUCAUCUCAUGAUGUGGGUUCUAAGGUAUUGAUUCUUGGUGGUGACAAUAAGGAACUAACAUCUGGCACCUACAGCAUUGGUAUUUUUGGAUUCAAGGGAUCAAGCAAGUACCACGUUUCAGUUUCCCUUCAAGAGAAACUCCACCAAAGGCAUGGAGAACGUGCAGUUUCUUCCACCUCUGCAGACAAAACUGAUUGCUCGAUGUGUAGCAACUGUCACCAUUACAUACCCACUAGGACAAUUGCGCUCCAUGAGGCAUACUGCAGCCGUCACAAUGUUGUUUGUCCACAAGAAGGUUGUGGGGUGGUUCUGAGAAAAGAUGAAGCGAGAAGUCAUGUUCACUGUACAAAGUGUGGGAAGGCAUUGCACAGGGAAGAGAUGGAGAAACACAUGAAAGUGUUCCAUGAACCACUGUAUUGUGCAUGUGGUGUAUCUCUGGAGCAGGAAGCUAUGGUAAUACAUCAGUCAUCUGUUUGUCCACUGCGCUUGAUAACAUGCCGUUAUUGUGGUGACAUGGUGCCUGCGGGCACUUUUCCUUCAGAUGUUCGUGACAGGAUGAGAGGGCUCUCAGAGCAUGAGAGUGUCUGUGGGUCUAGAACAGCGCCUUGCGAUUCUUGUGGCCGUUCUGUCAUGCUCAAGGACAUGGAGAUACACAGGAUUGCCGUUCACCAAAAGAAUUGAUACCCUCGUGGACCUAUGAACGCAACAUGUAGAAUUUCAUCAUACAAUUGAAUUUAUUCAUCUGUAAAUUAAAUUUGCUUGUUGCUAAUCGGUGUCUAUGAUUUAUGAAAUUUGAGGAUGUUGUCAGCCAA